AGAAAUUGCAAUCAAUAAAUGAAUUUAAAUUUAUAAAUUUUUUUUUUAGGAUUUAGAGUUCCAUUGGGCUAUGAGGUCUUAUUUCCAAGAUGCUGGUCAAAAGGUAGCUACCAAAUGCAUAAGGAUUGCCAGCACAGCAACUACAUCAGACGUAAUCGAAACAUUAAUAGAAAAAUUCCGUCCAGAUGUUCAAAUGCUUUCUAUUCCUGAAUAUGCACUUUAUGAAAUUAAUGAAAAUGGAGGGGAGAGGAAGUUAAAAGGAGAUGAGAGGGUCCUUCUUGUGCAGCUAGACUGGCAUAGAGAUGACCGAGAAGGGAGAUUUCUUCUUCGACGCAUGGAUGAAAAGUCCUACAUCUCUAGUAUAGAUGCUUGUGAUAAUGAAAAUUUCAAAAAAAAAUUAUCUAAACGUGAGAAGAAGAGGAAAGAAAAGCGAGAGAGACUGAAGGCUGCUGAAGAUAGUAAGAAAGAUGGCAUAGCUGAGCGACUAUAAUCUGAACUUCCAGAAACAAGUUUUACUCGAUCAAUUUCCAAUCCAUAAGCAGUUAUGCGAAGAAGGAGGCAGCAAAUAUUAGAGAAAAAACUUCAGCAGUUUUGUCAAGAGGGUGGCACUGAUGCA